AUGGAUGAAGCAGCAUGCCAAGCCUAUGAUUAUGGGGUGCGAUCUCCUGUGCGAGAUGCCUGGACACCAGAGAAUGAGAAGCCAGGUCCGCUGCAGGCCAGGUCCGAAUGCAGUGACCGCUUCAUCCCGAGCAGAGCUGCUUCGGACCUUGAGAGUGGGCUGACGCUGCUCUCAGAGAGCUCUCGGCCACCAGAAGCGCGCGACGAGAACAACUCGGUCUAUGCGCAACUUCUCCGGAGCGAGCUCCUUGGGAUCCGCCCGGGGUCCGCCGAGAAGGAGGAAAAGCCCUUUAGGUCUCCAGACAGCAAAAGCCUCUUCAAAUACAAGAGCUGCCCGCAGGUCAGUCACGAGGAUGCCUUUUCCUUGUCACCCGUUUCCUUCCAGAGCAGCCGCUUGCUGAGCACACCCCGAAAGGCGCCAAGAAAGAUCGCAAAAGUGCCUUUCAAGGUCCUGGACGCUCCUCAGCUGCAGGACGACUUCUAUCUGAACCUGGUAGAUUGGUCCUCGGCGAAUGUGCUGUCGGUAGGUCUAAGCAACUGUGUGUACCUUUGGAGCGCCUGCACCAGCCGUGUCACCAAGCUUUGCGAUUUGGGGCCGGAUGAUACCGUGACCUCGGUUUCAUGGACCCAGAGGGGGGCUCACCUCGCCGUUGGAACGAACAAGGGCGAGGUCCAGAUUUGGGACUCCACGCAAUGUCGCAAAAUGCGAACAAUGAGUGGACAUCUGGGCAGAGUUGGCACAAUGGCAUGGAAUGGUUUCGUUCUGUCCACCGGGAGCAGGGAUCACCACAUCCUUCACCGAGACGUCCGCCAACCGGCACCCUUCAUGUCCAAGCUUCAUGGCCAUCGACAGGAGGUUUGCGGCUUAAAGUGGUCUUUCGACGAGCAACAGCUGGCCUCCGGUGGGAAUGACAACAAGCUCUGCGUUUGGUCGUUGAAAUCCACCGAGCCGGUGCUGAAGUUUAAUCGCCACCAAGCAGCCGUGAAGGCAAUUGCGUGGUCCCCACACCAGCACGGGUUGCUGGCCUCCGGAGGCGGGACUGCAGACAGGUGCAUCCGUUUCUGGAACACCGUCAACAACAUGCCUUUAUCGUGCAUUGACACCGGUUCUCAGGUGUGUAACCUCGUCUGGUCCAAGAAUCUGAACGAGAUUGUGAGCACUCAUGGCUACUCUCUCAAUCAGAUCAUCCUGUGGAAGUACCCUUCCAUGACCAAGGUGGCGACUCUCACCGGGCACACCUACAGGGUCCUCUACUUGGCCAUCUCGCCCGAUGGUCAGACGGUCGUGACUGGUGCAGGGGAUGAGACGCUUCGCUUUUGGAACGUGUUUCCAAGCACAAAAUCAAGGUCUGGGUCGAGCCUGUCCUUCUCGCUUCCUCUCGGCCGCACGAUCCGGUGA